AUGGCGCACAAUCGUCAACCUGACCUUAAACCUAAUCAUCCAUCUUCAUCAGACGAAGAAGAAGAAGAAGAGGAGGAGGAGGAAGAAGCCUCUGGUUCAGAAGAUGAACAAACAUCCGACUCAGGAUCAGAAGAAGCCUCCGAUUCAGAUUCCGAACCGAAACAGAAAGAGGAGCCAAAGAAACCAUUAAUUCCACCUCGUCAACCCGCCACCAAACCACAACCACCAGAUCUAUCUUCAUCUGAAACGGAGGAAUCAGGUUCUGAUACCGAUUCCGAUUCGCAACCCAAAAAAUCCAUGGUCGCUGAUCCCAACAUCAAACCUAUCUCCUCGAAACCUAUGGAGCGAGAGGACGUAGCGAACGUCGAAUCGAAAUCAGCCAAAAAAUCCGGAUCGAAAGCUAGCUCAGUUCCGUCUCCGGCGAAGGCUAAGCGACCACCACCUCCUCCGGCGAUUGAGAAAGAUGCUAAGAAAGCUAAGAAGAGCACGACGACAACCGAUGACGACUCGAAGAAGCAGCUGUUUCAGAGGUUGUGGAGUGAGGAUGAUGAGAUUGUUAUACUGAAAGGUAUGAUCGAUUACAAAACUGAGAAAAACGGUGAGAAUCCCGUUGCUGAUAUGGGUGCGUUUCAUGAGUUCAUCAAAAAGUCAUUGCAUGUUGACGUUAGUAGAGCUCAGUUGGUGGAUAAAGUUAGGAGGUUGAAGAAGAAGUAUGUGAAUAACGCAAGUAGAGAGAAGGAUGGAAAAGACAGAAGCUUCUCCAAGAACCAUGAACAGAAGGGAUACGAGUUAUCAAAAUUGAUAUGGGGUAGUAGUAACAGUCCCAACACUGGAACAGAGAGUAAGAAGACUCAACCUCAAAAGAAUGGUGGUGCUAAAGGUAAUGCUAAUGCUAAUGCUAGUACUAGCUCUGCUGUUGCUUUGGAGAAAACAAAUGGUGUUGAUGAGAAGGAAGGUUUGACCAUGGAGGUUGAGAAGAACAUGGAUGUUUCUAGGUUUGUUCAAUAUGGUAGAAUGAGUUAUAGUCCUGUAAUGGAAGAGGAGAUUAUGAAAGCUGGAUUGGAGUUAGUUGAAGGGUCUAAAAGGGAGGAGUUGAAGGAGAAAUGGAAUAAGUUGAAGAUGCAGGAGCUUCAGCUUUAUGUUCAGAGAAUGGAUUUGAUUAAAGAGCAAGCAGCAGUAGUUUUUGAGGCUAUGAAUUCAGCAGGAAAUUGA